AUGGGCACGAUAGGUGGUGACAGUCAAUCGAGUUACUCAUCAGAAGCUAAUAUAGAACCGGAACCCAAAAACUUUGCCCCCUCCCCCGAUUUUCGAUGGCUCUGUGAUGAGCUUUUCGGAAAAUUAGAUGCCAUCAAUACUAAUAAGAUGAAGUAUGGCAAGGCUGCAGCUGUGAAGUACAUUGAGGUGAUUAUUCACUUCAUCAAGCUAUGGAGGACAACGGUAGGUAAUGACUUUUUCCCAGUACUACGGUUAAUCCUCCCUUACCGCGAUGUGAGGAGCUAUAACAUUAAAGAGUUCACCUUGAUCAAGGCAAUUUGCAAGACACUGAAUUUACCAAGGGACUCGUUGACAGAAAAGAGACUCAUAAACUGGAAACAGUAUGCCGGCAGAGGAGUGAAUUUAUCUGCCUUCUGCGUAGAGGAGAUCUCUAAAAGAAGAAGUGAACAGGGGGAAAUUGAAACCAUCUCCAUCGACAAGGUCAAUGAAAAGCUCACUGAUCUGUCCAAAGAGGCGUCUGCGAAAAAAUGGGGGUUCACAGGUUUGUUUGAGUCUCCAUCAUUUCAAUAUUGCAUGCGUAAUAUGACUUUCCGAGAGCUAAAGUACUUUUUUGACAUCAUACUUAAAGCAAGAAUAAUCGGCGGUCUAGAACACAAGUUCCUGAGUUGCUGGCAUCCAAACGCGCAAGAUUAUCUAGGUGUAGUCUCAGACCUCAAGAUAUUAUCACAAAAACUUUGGGAUCCUUUCAUAAGACUGGGCCGGCAGGACCUGACAAUAAAUAUCGGCCACCCAUUUGCGCCCCACCUAGCUAAACGGCUUUAUAUAACCUAUGAAAAAGCCUCUGCGAAACUCAAGGAUGACUUUUUUAUUGAGGAAAAGAUGGACGGUGAAAGGAUACAAUUGCACUUUAUGGACCGCGGCUCCAAGAUAAGAUUCUUCAGCAGGCGAGGGACAGACUAUACUCAUUUAUACGGUAAAAGCUUGGAGACUGGGGUUAUCUCGCAGUUCUUGAAAUUCAGAGAAGAUGUCUUCGAAUGCGUAUUAGAUGGCGAAAUGGUGAGUUUUGAUAAAGAGCGUAAAGUGGUACUUCCAUUUGGGGUAGUGAAAUCGGCGGCUGUUGAAGAAAUUAUUAAUGCCAGCACGAGCAUCGAAAAAGAAGGAUAUAGACCACUGUACAUGAUAUUUGAUCUUGUUUAUCUCAACGGAACCUCACUCACCAAAAUUCCUUUGCAUGUUCGGAAGGAGUAUUUAAGAGAGAUCAUGGCACCUGUGCCCAAUAUCGUUGAAAUACUGCCUGAGUUGCGAGCAAAGGAAUCUACCGCCAUAUCUACUUCCUUACAGCGGGCUAUCGAGAUGGGCUCUGAGGGUUUGAUUCUCAAGCAGCUCAAUUCUACUUAUGAUAUCGGCGCCAGAAAUGAUUUUUGGAUCAAAAUCAAGCCAGAGUAUUUUGAAGACCUGGGAGAAACUAUGGAUUUGAUAAUCAUUGGAAGGGACCCUGGUAAAAAGGAUUCUCUCAUGUGUGGCUUGCUUGAAACUGGUGUAACGGAUGAUCAAUCUGACAAGUUCGAAAGUGAGGCAAACGGAGUUUCUCGAAAACUGAAGGUGCUGUCCUUCUGCAACAUUGCUAAUGGUGUUUCGGAUGAGGAAUUCAAAGAGAUAGAGAGGAAAACUAGAGGUUCUUGGCAUUUAUUCAAAGAAGGUCCUCCCCCGACUGAUUUGAUAGAAUUUGGUAAUAAGCUGCCCAUUGAAUGGAUCGAUCCUCAGUAUUCUCUGGUGAUGGAGGUCAAGGCGAGGUCUGUGGACAAUAAUGGGGCAAUCGGAAAGAAGUACAAGGUAGGCAGUACUUUACAUGGUGCCUAUUGCAGGAGGUUGCGCGAAGACAAGGAUUGGACUACGUGCGCAACCCUUGAACAAUUUCAGCAAGCCAAAGUCGCCCACAAUUACUAUACUUAUAAGAACAGGGCUAAUCGGGUGUCUGUGUCGAGAAGGAAACGGCUCAAGGUAUCCAAGCCAAGUAAUGUCAAUGACUUGAACGUACCAAACAUUGCCAAAGAAACUGCAUUAUUUGAGGGUAUGACGUUCUAUAUUUUGAGUGACUUCCUGGAUCCUAUGGGCAAGAGACACGAUAGGAACAUCAUUGGGGAACACGUCAAAAAGCACGGGGGUGGCUUAAUACCAAACCUUACAGUGAGACCUGAGGAACUCUCUCAUCUGUGGGUUAUCAGUGGGAAAAACACAAUAGAGUGUAAAUCCUUGUUUGACAGAGGUUAUGAUAUUAUAGAUCCAAUGUGGAUCUUUGACAGCAUCGCCAGCGGAUCUCGCCUUAAGUUGGAACCAAAACAUUGUUUUCUAGUAUCAAUGAGGCUUUUGGAAAACACGAAGAAGAGGGUAGACUCUAAUGGGGACAGUUUCACUCGAUCAGUAACGAACGAUGAUUAUAUGAAGAUCGUAGAAAAGACAAAUCUAGCUGUGGAAAUGCAUGGUAAACAAUGGCAUGAACUAGAGGAUGCACCACUUAUGAUGCUACAAAGAUAUAGAAUUUUUGUUGCCGCAAGCAAGGAAAACUCAGCAGCCACUAAACAAUGCAAAAAAACGGUGAUGAUAUUUGGAGGCAUGCUAGUCAACGAAAUUGAAAACUGUAAUCUAGUUAUUGCUUGCCUUGCCUCCACGAGCGAUGAUCUUUUCCUUCGAGACUUACGAAGUACGGUUGCGGCAACAAAAUACAAAGAAAACAAGAAAAUUGGCGACGCUAAGUUUCGAAUUCCUAGGAUUGUGAGUUUAGAAUGGCUACGAGCUUGUGUAAUGGAGCAAUGUCUCGUUCCUGAAGAGGAUCACAUCUGUGUUUAA